AUGGCGGAAAUGCUAGCAGAGCUACUGGAUCUCCAGCAAGUGGCGUCCGACAAAGAUGCACUGGAGUACCUCGCUCACCUGGCUGAGCAAUCCGUCGAGGCCCUGCGAUCAUUGGAGCCACAACAGCUAGCACAAGCAUCGCACACACUGCUGCUGUCCACACAGAGCUUAUCUAAGCGAUCUUACAGGCCUAUCGUCAACUCCGCUACAACUCAUGCCUCUUUGAAGAAGAGUCUUCCGACUGUUGCUCACAUAUCGGCCGAGCUGAGCCAAGCGGUUCCGCGGCUUGACUCACAGGCUGAGCACUUCUCGGAUUCGCUCGGAAAGGCAAUGGGAAACACCACUUUGGUCAAGAGGAAAGAGGCAUUGCGGCUCUUGCACAAUUCGGAAAGGCUGGUCGACGUCAUGGAGCUACCUCCCCUCCUCACAUCCGCCAUGUCCGCGAAUCCGGUCAACUACGCAUCGACUCUUGACCUCUACGCCCUUAUCCGCCGGCUCGCCUCACUAUAUCCCGAAUCGCCUUUGAUCACAUCAAUUCUGAGGGAAGCGGACACUGCAAUCCGUCGAAUGGCAUCAGAUUUAGUCGGUUCCCUCAAAGCUCCGAAUCUGAAGCUUGCGGCUGCAUUGCGGACAAUUGGUUGGUUGAAACGGCUGAUACCUGACCUCGUCUCGGACGUAUUGCCUCAAGAAUCUCUACCGCCUCUGUUCCUGGUUUGUCGGGUGGCCACGCUUGUCUCGUUGCUGGAUGCGUUAGGCCCCCUGCGCGAGUUGGCCGACGAGGAGAGGACACGCCAGGGUAAAUCUGCGCAAUCAUCUUUCGGGGGGCAGCAGACUGAAAGAUACCUCAAACGCUAUAUCGAGAUCUUUCGGGAACACAGCUUCAGCAUUGCAUCCGUUUUCAAGAAUGUCAGCGCGAGCUUCAGCUCCACUGCUGUCGCUGUUGAUGACCAAGACCCGUUGCAGCCUUUGCCGUCGACACUCGCAACACUCCCUCUUCACUUGGUCGACAUGCUCCUCGAGACUUUGCAGACGUACUUGCCCACUGUGCAAGAUCAAGCGGCCCGUGAGAGCAUCUUGACGCAAGUGUUGUACUGCUCGGGUAGCUUGGGCAGACUUGGCGCUGACUUUGGAAUGCUUCUAGCCACGACAGGCGUUGGCGAGUGGGUAGAUUUGGUGAAGCGCCACCGACUACUCGCAGGUCGUCUAGAGUCGGUUAUUGGUGACUACAAUCGCGGGCAAGCCACGGCGACUACCUAA